GGAGCUGAAGCAAUUGCCACAAGGGUUUGCUCUGAAAGAGUAUCUGUUGUGUAUUUUGUAUAAUUUUUUUCUUUUUUUCCUUGGUUUCCAAGUCUUCCAUAACCUCAUAGUAUCGACAUGGUUUGCCAGGAAGAGGCUUUGGUAGAAAAGAUCUGUGAUUUGUAUGAGCAAAUCUCAAGCCUUGAAAGUCUCAAACCUUCCAAAGAUGUCGACAUGCUCUUCACCCAACUUGUUCACACAUGUAUCCCACCAAGUCCUAUUGACGUUACAAAGCUUUGCAAAAGGGUUCAAGAAAUUAGGUCCAAACUCAUUAGGCUCUGUGGUGAAGCUGAGGGUCAUUUGGAGUCCCAUUUCUCAACAAUCCUAGCCUCUUUCCAAAACCCACUUCAGAAUUUCAACAUUUUCCCUUACUAUUCCAAUUACCUCAAGCUUGGCCAACUCGAAUUCAACAUUCUUAAACAACACUAUACCCAUGAACCCAAAAAAAUUGCCUUUGUGGGCUCAGGUCCUCUGCCUCUCACCUCUAUUGUCUUGGCCUCCAAUCACCUUUUAAAAACCGUUUUCUACAACUUUGACAUUGACCCAUCUGCCAAUUCAAAAGCUCUUGCUUUGCUGCCCUGUGAUUCUGACCUAUCGAAAAGGUUGUUUUUCCACACCACCAAUAUUAUGGAUGUCACAAACGCUUUGAGAGACUUUGAUGUUGUAUUUUUGGCAGCUCUUGUUGGUAUGGACAAGGAAGAGAAGCUCAGAGUUAUUGAUCAUUUGGCCAAGUAUAUGUCUCCUGGAGCUCUCUUGAUGCUGAGGAGUGCUCAUGGUGCUCGAGCUUUUCUGUAUCCGGUUGUUGAUCCUUGUGAUCUUAGAGGGUUUGAGGUUCUCUCUGUGUUUCAUCCAACCGAUGAAGUAAUUAAUUCGGUUGUCAUAGCACGUAAAUACCCAUUGCCUACACACCCUUCACUACUUGAUCAUCAACAGGGACUUGGAAAUAUUAUACUAGUUCCUAAUAAGUGCUCUGACAUUGAAACUUUCAAUCCCCUCAAUAUCCAUGGCAAUAUGAUAGAGGAAUUGGCCUUUGACGAGCAGCUUUAGGGAACUCUAUUCUCGAUGUGGUGAUUCCUCUCGUGCCCAUAUGGAAAUUGUUCCCUCUCCUAGUUGUUUGCCUUGUGUUCAUGUCAAUCUAACUUAUAAUAUAUAUCUUCCUAGCUUUGUGUAUGGUCAUGGGUUUCUUAUGUUUUUACUAAAAUAAUAUGGAACAGAAAAUGGGAUUCUUAGGGUGGUUGCUAUAUGUUUAUGUCAUGCAAGCCCAACUUAAAAUGUUUGUCCUAGUACUAGCUAGCUAGCAUUAUGUUUUCGGGUCAGCUUUUGCUUUUGGAUUUUGUACUUCAAGAAAUAAAAGAGACCAUCUUGAAAUUCGUAUGUUC